GCAGAACAAGUGCCCAGAUAAUAUUCAUGGUAGUUUCACCAGAACUUUGGAAGGUGCAGAUACAUGGAGGAACUGAGGGAGCCUUAUUCCCCAACAAACUUGCGACCGGCUGAGCCAGUGCCAAUGGUCACCAUGAAGACCUUCCUGGCUGUGAUCUGUGUCUUUGUUAUUGCCCAACUUGUGGGGACUGUCCUCUAUAUUUUGCACCUCCACAUGAAGUUAGACAAGAUGGGCACCGACAUGACUUUGCAAGAAGAUUUCGUGUUCCUGAAGCGAGUACAGAACUGCCGGAAGCCACCGGAGGAUGAGAUCUCCUUUCUAGAUUGCGCUAAGAUUUCAGAAACCUUCCGAGAUCUGCUGGAUUUGCCCCAAAAGGUAGUGGAAUUUCAUCUCCAAGAUGGGUCAAGAACAAGUCAGGCCGUUUGGCCUGUCGCAGCCAGGCGAGUGACGGUUGUUUUUAUUUCAGGUGACAAGAAGCCAUUUGCAAGCAUUCACUUGGCAGGUGUGAACAGCGGGGGCAAAGUUCUGCACUGGAAGAAUACGAUCUACGCCCCAACAGAUGAGGUGUUUUUCAACCAGGAUGGAAAGAUCAAAAUUGUCAAUGGAGGGCGGUAUUACAUUUACUCCCAAGUCGCCUUUUGCAGCAAGCCAGAGCUGCAUGCCCCAUUCAACGUCAACGUCUAUCUGAACCUGCCUUCGGAGUCAGAUCAGUUGCUACUGAAGGGAGUGGGAACUUACAGCAGCUCAGAGGACCUGUGUGGCCUGCAGUCCAUUCAUGUGGGGAGGGCAGUGGAGCUCCAGUCAGGCCAUUACAUCUUUGUGAAUGUGACGGACUUCUCAAGAGUGAAUUAUGGCCGUGGGAACACCUACUUUGGCAUCAUUCAGCUCUCUUAGGAAAGGCGCUUAGUUUUGUUGACCAACAUCACUUCUCCCAUCCUCCAACGAUAUUUAUGGACUCUUUAAUCUUUAGUUCUAGUUCCUUUAUAGGUGUAUUUUAUUUAAUUUAUUAAGAAGGAGUGGAGGGUGAAUCAUUCAAAUCAGAGGGUUAUCAAAGACAGGCAGGCCUCAGGGGGAGAUGUUAUAAAUUGCUGCCUGGAGAAUAGCAGUGGUAGGUGCCAUCUGAGGGUGCUGGCACACCCAGUUUCAAGACUGCAUCUCGUGUAGUUUCCAGGGCUAUUUGCUGAAGGGGCGAGCAGGCGUGCCUCCCAAUGCAAUGCGUACUUCACUAGUAGACUCUCUGAGGGGCGGUAGCUCAAUGGGAAGGCAUCUGCUUUGUCCUGAACCCUAACCCAGUUCAGUUAUCUCCAAAGAGGGCUGAGAAAGACCCUUAUGGAGAGCUGCUCGCUCCUCAGGGUCAACCAACUUUUCCCAACUGGAUGCUCUACAGGUGUGCU